UUAUUUCUUUAAACAUUGUCCGAGUCAGGCACAACAAAUAUUGCUAUAUGAAUAAAACAAGUUUAGUACAAUCAUUACCGUUACGCCGUGAUUUAUAAACAUUCAUAUUCCACUAAUAGUAUUUACGUUGACACGAGUGUUUGAAAUAAACGGAAUAAAAGAAAUCUAAUAUUACAUUUAAAGAAAUGUUUGUGUAUGUAUAUAAAUGGAAUAUACACAAAGUGGGAAAUAAUUGUUCUGAUUUUACGUAGUCCGGGUUAUGUGGACGCUUCCCGUACACGAGACGCAUUGAUUUAUUAGAUAUAUAUGAAAGAUAAACGAGGAGAUUUAAAAGUGGAAAGAUGAUUAAAAGCGAUUAACGCGUGUCUUGUGUAGAUAUAUCCUUUUUCUCUCUCUUUUUUGAGUAAAAAAUAAGAUUAAAUAACUGGGGGACAAUGUACUUACUUGUUAUUUCAUGUUGCUAUAAUCGCUUUAAUUCGCAAUAAACUGUUGUAAUAAUUUAAAUGGAAUAUAAUUUUAUAUGAAAUAUUACUGAAAAUAACGGAUUAUGAACAGACAUGUUAGAUUAGUUUAAGAAUUGUUUUGUAAUAUUAUCAUUAUUAUUCGGCUGAUAUGGGAUACAUGUUCAGUUUGUGACAAUAUUUUGGAAUUACAAAAAGGAACACAAUUGUUAGCUAAUAAAGUAGUAUGAAGUAAACAGGACUAUAUGAGUGUAAACGGGGUUAAUUAUAUAUUGCCAUUCGGAAUCAAAUGGCAGAUUCAGACCUUGACAACGCUGGAGUGAAAGCUGUAAUAACCCUUGGUGUUUUGGCCCUUGUUGGAAUCUUAGCAGUCGUAAUUGCUAAACUUGUACAAUUCUGCAUGAAAUCUCAUUAUUCUGACAACGAAGAGAAUGAAAUUGACGAGAAUACGCGAGAUUUGAUUCGUGCGAGACUUUCCGUAAUACAGUUCAAAAAACGAGAAAUUAGGAAAGCAAGAAAGGAUAAAGCGUUAGGCGUUUUUAAAAAAUGGCGCGAAAUUGCACAACAUAGAAAGAAAGACAGGGAUACUGCUUUAAACUCACAAAGACCAGAAGAAAAUGCAGACGUUGUUAUAAAUAUUGAUAAAAUAGAUACAAAUAAAGCAAAAGAAAACAGAAUUAUAGAGAAUGGAGAUAGUAAGAUAAACGAAAAUGGAAGUCCGCGAAGGUUCCCAUUUUUUACCCAAAAUAAAACUGCAAAUGGAGGAGUUAAACCACAGAUGGACUCUCUUCGAGUAACUUCCUCAAAUAAGGUAAAUUUAGGACAACAAGAGUUACCUGUCGCGAGAGGACGCCCUGUAUCUAGUAAACCACGUGUGUCCCCGAAUGUCACAUUAACUGACGUAGAGACUAAAGGUGGGACAAUGAGGUCGGUUCAUUUUGAGGGCGAAAGUGACGCUAAUAAAGGAAAUACGGAUACUGAUAAAAAAAUAAAAAUCAAUUCAGUAGUUCCAACAAAUGGAGAACCAGUUUCUAAAUCAAAAAGUGAUAAAGUCAGCACAGAUAAUGUUGGGAUACAUUCAGAAAACAAUAAUAAACCCAAAGAAAAGACAUGAAGUAAAAAUGAAGGGCAUGCCUUAAAUUUGUCUUCACUGUGCAAUUGACCUAAUUUAAAAUGAUACGGUUGGUGUACCCUCUCAAAACUAUAAAAUCAUUACUGGCCCUCACCAGAGUUAAUAUACAGUUCAUGUGCUACAAAUGCUAUACAAAAAGAGCAACAAAAAUAUAGUAAAGAUCACCAAACUUGGUUUCCUCCAUGUUUGAAAGUAACUAAUGAAUAAUGAUGCCUCGUUUAUAUGGGGGCUGAUUUGGAACGAUUUUGUGCGUCGUGUUGUCGCUAGUGACAGCACGACAAAGCACCAAACAGCGCGUUGUCGGACUUUCGUCUUGUCGUCCGGCCGCUAACGAUGCACACCAAACGCCGUGUUGUGCGGCGUGUUGUCGCAAUGUCACAUUGUCGCCCGGCUCAAAAGGAUUGGCUUAUAAGCCAAGCGACAGGGCGACAUCGACAGCGCAACGCGCAAAGUGUACCAGAACAGCCACCAUACGUUUAUCUUUGGAUGGAUGAUGUUCAUUGUCAAACUUGGAACAAAAUAUCUUAUAAUGUUUAUCUCUUAAAUUCUUCACGGAAACUGAUUUUCCGUUUAAAAGGAAAAUUCAUUUUGUGAUAAGUAAUUUGACCGACCUUUAUCAAAAUUGUGAGAAGUAUCCUUGACGGUUCUUUCUUGAGUUUAUUUGUUGACAGGUAUAGAAUUUGUUCAUUUAUAAACUUCUGUCUCUUUUUCUAGACCACCUUAGCUAAUGAUUGAACCGAAAGAUAGGCAGAAUCACCAAAUCCUAAAUAUCUUUUGCGUGUAUGUAAAUGGCAAUUUUUGCCUUGUUUUAAAUUGUUAAUUUUUGAAGAAAAAUAGAUAAAUUUUACAAAUAG